GGAAGGAGAAUUGAUAAUAGAAGGGUUGCUCAACGUUUUUUGGGGUGUGCGGCGGCCAAUCAGACUGCAAAUGCAAGAUGAGAAGGAGAAAUGAAGAAACAAAUCAGGCGUCUACAUCCAUUGAGAUUACAGCAGCAGACGACCAAUCAAAAGGCAGCUCGGGUGAAGAGGCAGCUGAGGAGUCGACACACUCCGAUCGAGUCGUCAGGACCUGGAGUGACGCUGGUGGUCGGAGAAUUAGUGGGCGGAGACUAGGAAUCAGGAGGGUGAAGCGACAUCACCGAUGCUCAUUUAAUGGGCACUUCUAUAACCACAAGACGGCAGUUUUUACCCCGGCAUUUGGCUCUGUCACCAACGUGCGCAUCAACAGCUGUAUGACGACGGCACAGGUGAUGCGAGUGUUACUUAACAAAUUCAAGAUUGAGAACAGCCCGGACGAAUUUAGCCUUUAUCUUGUCCACACUAGCGGAGAGAGACAUCAGUUAAAACCUAAUGACCAUCCAUUGGCAGUCAGAGUUUUGCAAGGGCCGUGUGAGCAGGUCAGCAAAAUCUUCCUAAUGGAAAUGGAUCAGGUGGAAGAGGUUACAUAUGAUGUGGCACAAUACAUCAAAUUUGAGCUUCCUGUUCUGCAAGGUUUCGUCACCAAACUGCAAGAGGAGGAGGAAAGAGAGAUGCAGAAGUUAAAGAGGAGGUAUGCUGAAAUGCGUCACAUCAUCAAGAAAUACAUGCGUUCUUUAGCUGAUACUUGACGUUGCUGAUGACAUGGUGUCAGUGCACUUUUUCUCCAUGCACGAGUCACUCACCAGAAGGUCGACUUUAAAGCUCCAACAGUGAAGCUUUCUCAGGAGCCUUUUUUCUUUUUUUAUAGGUCACUAUAUAUUCAUAAUACAACAUUUGCUGAAGGUGUCGUGUCUUUUUCUUAAUAAGCUCCUAUUCAGAACGGUCAAAUAAAAUGAAAUGGAACUUUUAUGCACACAUUUGCUAUAUUUUUUGACAAUUAUUUUAUUUUUCUAAACCAGAGUAGCUAUUUACAGGAUUGAAUUUGGUUGAAUUUUGAACCCCCACCAUGUGAACAAAUGUGUGAAAUUAGACUUUUGUAAUGUAUUUUAUUGCAGCUACUUUGUAAUAAAUGUUUAUUGGUGAUACAAAUGGUUUAUAUUUGUAAUUUAAUAAAUACAUUUAUAAUAAAGUGUAUGUUUGCAUGAACUGUUUUGAUAAUAAAUGAAAUUCUAACACAUUU